UUGUUGGGAAUUGCCGAAGAAAAUCUCAAAGAUCUAGUGCAUUUCAAAGAAUUAUAUUUAACAGGAAAUCCAUGUACAGAGUAUGAAGGUUACAGAGAAUAUGUCAUAGCAACAUUACCCAGACUGCAGCAUCUUGACGGAAAAGCAGUAGAAAAGUCAGAGAGAAUAAAAGCAAUGCAGAAUGUUGGACUAUUAAGAGGAUACAUUGUAGAACAACAAAACAGACACAAGAAAAAACGAUUAAAAGAAAAGGAAGAGAUCAAGAGACAUGAGGAAUCAAAACAAAAACCAAAGAAAGGCACUGACUGGUAUACCAAUAUUGAGGGCAGUGAUAAAAAAACAUCAGAGGAGGUAGGGAAUGACACUAAAUCUGGGUCACAUGAUGAAAGUGAGGAGGAGGAGGAUGAAGAAGCAUUGGCAGAAAAGGACAAAAAAUUUUGGGAGGAGGAAGUUCCCUUUACACCCGAGUCACGAGUGGCCGUCCAUGAACACAUGAAGAAACUCAAACAGAGGGAGGACCAAAAAAAUAAAGCCCCACCCAAAGAACCAAGACGUCUCUUUGCUGAGGAUGGGAGACCACUCAAUGUGAAUGAGGCCAAAAUUGACUUCACACUUACUGAGGAUGAGAGUGAGAACAACAUUUUACUGGAUGUAGCAUGCUUUAAACAUAUGGACACUUCUCUGAUAGAUUGUGAUGUUCAGCCAAAUUAUGUCAGAGUCACCCUAAAGGGAAAGCUGUUCCAGCUCUGUCUACCAGAGGAAGUGAAUGCAGACUCCAGUACAGCAAAGAGGUCCCAGAUUACUGGUCAUCUCUUGGUCACUAUGCCGAAGGUAAAGCCAGUUGUAAAACCAGUAAAGCCACCUAAAGCAGAGGUCAAGGACGAUAAUAAGGAGAACAAACAAAAGGGGAGCAGGAACACUCAUGAGAGACUGGAAGUGGACAAGUCAGCUCACAAGAAAGUGGAUAUUGCUAACAUUGUGAAGGAAAACAUGGACAAAGUUGUUCCCCCUCUUGGUCAUAAAUCCCGACAGAAAGCCGCGGAGCGUGCCAAUAGUGAGGGGUUUGUGGAUGACCCUGACGUUCCACCUCUAGAGUGAUCUUCAUCAAUCACGUCAUCAUUUUCAUAAAAAUAUGUUCCGU